AUGGGUUCUCAGAAGAAGGUUCUUGUAUUGAUAGCAAAUGGCACGGAAGAAAUGGAGGCAGUAAUCUCAAUUGACAUUCUGCGACGCGCUCAAAUUGAAGUGUUAGUAGCUGGAGUCGAAGUAGACGAAUUCGCGACGUGCAACCGAGGUGUUAAUAUUAAACCUGAUCUUAUAAUUAAGGAUUUUUCCAGUUUAGAUGCUUCGGCAUAUGAUGCCAUUAUCAUCCCCGGUGGUCUUAAGGGUGCAGAAACUAUAUCAUCAAAUGCCGGCGUUCAAAGCCUGUUGUCUUCUGCCUAUAAAUCAGGAAAAAUUAUUGCCGCAAUUUGUGCUGGGCCAUUUGCAAUAAAGGCCGCGGGAAUUAACAAAGGAGGAAAGAUUACAUCCUACCAAACCUUUAAAGAGGAAUUAGAGAAUGGUUAUGUUUAUGUUGCUCUUUUCUUUAUUACAUUCAAAAUUUAA